AUGAACUGGGAGGAUAGGAAGCGCGGCACACCCAUUUUGGCUCCCACAUGCAAUGGCUCAAUAUUGGUGAUGAAUGAUGAGAAAACCGAAUAUUUGGCAAUUGCACCGUAUCCGUACACCUGUAUUCUGCAAAUCAUCACAAUGGAUCAGUAUCGUAUCCAUAUUGAAAUGGAAAAUAAUGCAUCACUCGUGUGCUCCUUAGUGAUGCCGGAUGGAACCGAUCUGAAUUGUGAUACCAACCGGGUUUACACCUCCGACUCGAAUGACAUCCGAGUGCUCAGGAAUCCAUGGCUUGACAAUGGAACAUUGGUCAACAAUCACAGCUUUUCUCUUCAGAUAGCUAAACCGCGGGAGACAAUGCAACCGGACGAAGAACUGCCAAUCGCAGUAACUUCGUGCGGAGAUAUGUGGCUAAAUGCUACCCAUGAGCCGCUGUCGAUCGUGGCCCCGACCGCGGAAACCGGUUACGUUGUCGGAGAACAGUGUUUGUGGGUUAUAGCAAAAGGAGACGGUAACACGCAUCUAUGGUUCACCCAAUUCAAUUUAUCGCAACACGAAUGUGUUCAGUUUGGUCCAGGCUCAAGUCCAAACCCGUUCAUCCCAAGCUCGAUCAACUGUGGGAACCAGACACCGGAUUAUUUUCAGUCACCAGCCGAACACAUAUAUUUACUGUAUCAUAAUCCAAGUGUCCAAUACCCUGGAGAAUUCCAUGCUUUGUAUAAAAGUAAGUAG